AUGCUCUUUGAUCGGGUUCUGUUUGACCAGAAAUGGCUUCUGCAAUUCAUUUUCUCAGCAGUAAUAGCUUUCUGUGGCUUGUUUCUGCUUAUAAAGACGGUACCAAGCGAGGCCGAUCAGAACUUGGAAGCAUGGGCGGAGGAGGAAGGCGGUAGCCACGGCGGAAGACACGGUGGAUGCUCCUCCUGUGGCAAUUCUAUUUGUUAUUGCUCAUCGACAUGCGCCGACAUAGGCAAUGGAAAUCAAUUCACAAAUGAGUGCGUCGAGAGAGAGAUGGGAACAGAUCAUCCAAAGGAUACUUAUUGCACAGUUGAUGAUUGGCUUGAUCUAUCAAUGGAAGAGUUUUCUUUGCUUUUGGGGUAUCCCCCAGAAGGAACCACCAAUGAGCAUUUGAUUGAAAGUAGAGAGAUAUUACAGAAAAAUGUGAGGAAACAAACUCCCCAAGUAAAUGAAAUCAAAUGGGAGUUCAUUUGGAAACUGAAGCUACCUGCCACGCUCAUUUCAUUCUUAAGAUCACUAUGUAUGAAUGCCUUAUCAGUUGGAGAGGAAGACAUAAAAAGUUAUCCCAAAACACAUGGUAGAUGCCCGUUUGGUUGCCCAGUGAAAGAAGACGUAGAUCACAUAUUCAUGAGAUGUUCCUUAAGCCGAGCUGUCUGGUUUGGAUCCACUCUCAAGUUAAAAGUAGAAAAAGUUUCACCUUCUUCAAUUCAAUUAUGGAUUCUGUCUAUAUUGGUGAGAUCACAGCAGGAUUAUACAGGAAAAGUUAAAGCUUUCCUAGAAUGGAUCACUUGUGUCUGUUGGUGUAUAUACGAACACAGGAGGGAAGUGAUAUUUCACCAUGAAAAGCCAUCACCAGUAAAAGUGUUGCAUCAUCUAAGUGCUCUUAGGAAGGAAGUGAAUAAUAUUCUACACAAGCCUGCUCAGUCACAGGGAUCUCAUGAGCAAACUGACAGCGAAAUGGAGAAAUAUCUUGAGGAAAAGCGAUCAAAAUCCAACAGAGGACUUGACACCUUCACGAAAGCAUCAGAUAAACGACAGAUUAGAGGGAAAGCAAGAGAUGCAAAAAGGAUACAACAGGAAGAAAUUAUUCAGAUACUGAAGGAUAAAUGGAUCAAGACGAACAGAGAGUUGAAAGAAGAGCAACAACUUGUACAAUUGCUAAAACAGGAAUGUGAACAGAUAAGACAAAGUGCCAUGAGACAAAUUGAAGAGAAAGAACUACAGUUAGCCGAUGCUUCUAUGGCUGCUGCAGUGGCUGAAUCUAGAGCUAUUGCUGCUGAGGAAAAACUCUUUGAUUGUGAAAAGGAAAUCAAAUCAUCAGAAGAUAAGGUUUGUGUGAUUUGCCUGAACAAUGAGAGGGAUAUGGCCUUUGGAUGUGGGCACACGACUUGUGGAGACUGUGGAUCGGCAAUUUCCAUCUGUCCUAUAUGUCGAAAGCCAAUAACUAGUCGUCUAAGGCUGUUUCUUGGGUAACUAUGAGAAUGCUAAAAUUUAGGAGAAUGAUGAAGGACCAAAAGGAAGGUUUAAUUUACACACUCUCCUUUGGAUCUAAAUCAAGGGCAGCAUGUUUUUCACGAUUUUAAGGGAAAUCAUAAUAGAAUAGUUUUUUCAUUGACAUGCAGGCUUGUGCUAUUUGGCUGACCAAUGAAAAAGACCGGCUCUUGGACGUGGACACAUGUUUUCCCUUGCAUUAUGAAAAGCAUAAUUCUUAA